UACAAAAUGUCAUAUCUGCAGUGACAAAUAUUUGUGCAUCAUCUGAAAAACUGAAGGAAAGGCCCCCACAUCUAGUUACGGUAUUUAUUAUGUUUUACCUGUCUACAAUGACAGAGGCUGCCUCUACGGAUGUUUCCAAGUAUUGAUACGAAAUUUCAAACCAAACGAGGAAGCCCUGCCACCAUGUUUCUGUAUGGGCUCAUAUUUGCUUUGAGCGUCUUACAAUGGGUUGAGGGACAAGACCAAACCAAGACAGCUGUUGAUGUCAACAAAGAUGCACAGCUAUCUUUUUCAAGGUACCCAAACAAACCUUCAGAUUCCUUAAUGGAUGACACACUAGCUUUGGAGCUCGAUGGUUUCACAGAUGAGGAUUCUCUUGAAGACUAUAUCGAUUUUGACAAGCUGCUGAAUGAAGAUGAUGACUACCCAGACGAAAUCGAUGACAUAAAUGAAGAUGGCUCCACCAGCGUGACAGUUGAUGCAGAAAAACUAGUGGAUGCAUCAUUCAAUAAAAAGUUAUUCCUGAGAAGAUUCCAGGGGAAAACGCGAAUCCAGCGACUCUCCAUUGUCAACAGCGACUUCGCAUUCAAUCUGUACCGAUCCGUAAGCGAGUCCACCCCACCUGGGGAGAACCUCCUUCUGGCUCCUCUGGGCAUCUCCUCUACCUUGGGCAUGAUAGCGCUUGGCGCAAAUGGAGGCACACACAAGGAAAUCUACAAAGCCUUAGGGUUCGAGAGCCUGGUAGAUUCUAGCUCCAAGUACAACAUUUCGACCGUGCACAAACUCUUUCACCGGCUGAAUCACCGCCUUUUUCGCCACAACUUUGGCUACACGCUCAAGUCGGCAAGUGCCCUAUAUUUACAACGCAGGUGGCCUCUCCUGCCAUCCUACCAACAAUGCCUCCGGAAGACAUACUUUGCAGAGGCUCACACUGUUGACUUUAAAGACCCUGCAACAGUGCAGCGUAUCAAUCGCUGGGUGUCAAGUGCCACCAAGGGGACAAUAUCCGAUGCGGUGACCAACAUUGAUCCGAGCACCGUAUUCCUAGUCAUCAACAGCGUGUAUUUUAAAGGGCCAUGGGAGAUUAAGUUCUCAAAACAUCAGACCUCUGUGCGGUCAUUUCGGUUGAACGACAAAGAGACCGUCAAGGUUCAAAUGAUGCAAACCAAGGCGAGCUUUUUGGUUACCACGGACCAUGAGCUGGGCUGUGAUAUCCUCCAGCUUGCGUACCAGGGCAAUGUGAGCAUGAUUUUGGCAGUACCACACAAGCUGAAGGGUGGCCUCAAAACACUGGAACGUGCCCUCUCCUUUGAUCUCCUAGAGAAGUGGCUCCAAGCAAUGACUAACAGAACACGGGAUGUCAUCAUUCCCAAAUUCAACUUGCAGCAGAAGUACAAUCUCAAAAAUAACUUGAAAGAGCUGGGAGUGACCGAGUUGUUCCAAGCCAAUGCAGACCUGUCUGGGAUGACUGGUGCCAAGGAUGUGCAAGUUAGCUCGUUCCAGCACCAGGGCUUCAUAAAGAUUGAUGAGGAGGGGAGCGAAGCAGCGGCCGUCACUACAGUUGGCUUCACGCCGCUCACAUCCCACAACCGCUUCGUUGCUGACCGCCCCUUUGUUUUCAUUGUCUACGAGCAUCACACCAUGAGUGUGCUUUUCUUGGGCCAGGUGUCCAACCCAGCUAAGAACUGAACAAGGUUUAAUAAAAAAAAAACCGUAUGCACGUAUAGAUAAGAGCUAAAAAGUGCAGAGAACGCAUGAUGGAUUUUCAAUGUUAUUCUACAAGUGAGCCAAACCAAACAACAUUAUUUCAAAGGAAAGCUCUGCUGAAUCUAUAAAACAAGAACUUUGUGCGAGCUAUUUGAGUUACAAGACACGAUGUCAGACAGCAUCACUUAAGCAUUCGCUGUCAGAGGUAUCGCAUAGUGAGGAUUAGUUUAAACCACAUCCAUACCAUCUCACUUUUAUCCAGUGUAUUAAGCAUUUAAUUUACCUUUAGGCAGUGGUAUUGCAUUCAAUGUGAAAGAAAAUGAUCUUUGAAUUUCAUAAAAAUAAUGUGCUGUGUUUAUUUAACUUAAUCAAUCUGGGGUUUUAUUGUACAGACCAGACUGACAUAAAAGUGUCCUGUGGUGACUCAGAUGCUGUCAAUGUCUACCAUUAUGCUUUGCAAAGGAUAGUGUCGUAACAAAUUAUAUUAUUGUUCAUUAUGAUAAUCCCAUUCCAUUUCUCCAUGAAAUAUCUUUAUGAUGUCGUAGAGAUAAUUAAAGUAAUAUAUAUACUUCAAUAAUUUAAUAAUAAAGAAUUAGAUGUUAGUACUUACCACAGCAAUUACUGGAAUUAGUACUCCCAAAUUUCCAGCGCUGCUUGAGGCCUGUAAACACACACGUUCAUUAUUAAUAAACAUGAAUUUCCCAUUUGGCAAACGUUAAUGCUUGAGGCUUUUAGAAACAAUUGUGAACAAAUGAAUUUAGCAUUUAUGAUUAUAUUUAUUUCAUUGCAUUUACAAGUGGUUUCAAAUAAAAGCUUGAUUCUAAAAAAGCAACAUACUCAAACAUCGAAAAUCUAUAAAUAUUUAAUUUUAAACAGAUUUCCUCAUAUUCUUGGUUCUUUCGGUAAAGUCACGUAGAAGGGAAACAAUAAAAUAAUAAAAAUGUAAAACAAUAAAAUUCUCACGAAAGCUUUAAAUCAAAAAAAUAUUUCCUCUCUUACUUUAACUUAUUCUCAGCAUAGGUAACACCAGUUAAUAUUUUGUAUUGAAGUUGAAUAGUAUAUCCUACUCAUAUGCGAUCACUUCAACAACAAUAUCCUAUUACGGAAAGCAUAUAAACUAUAAAAAAGGAUCAACCACAUUUUAACUAUAGAGAAACGUUGUCAAAAUGUCAAUUAUAGAUUGAUUUACAGCCUUAUCACCAAAAAUGCACUUUGGUCCUUGUUAUCUCAUUUUUGUUUGAAACAUUAUCAGAUGGAAUGUCACAAACAAACUUAUCUCUUGCAGAGUUACUGGCCUUUUAAAUAAUACCGAGUUACAUUUUAACCAGCUACCCACUAUGCCUCAAACACAUUCAUAACCCUAUGGUUAAAAUGUACACUUUAAAAUGAUUAACCUUCCGCAUUUCAAUAUAAAUGUAUAAACAAUAAAACAUAACAAAACAUGA